AUGUCCUUGUUUGUCCCCUUCUUUGAUAAGUUAUUUCCUGCUUGUCACAUUCAAGAUACAAGUUUUCUUCUGCCAGCUCCUCAUUCUUCUGCCUCUAUACUUCCAAUUCUCGUGCUGGUUCUGAUAGGUCAAUCAAAUACAUCUCAUCUUCUUUCUGUUGAAACCCAAACUAAGGUGGUGAAUUCAUCUUCCUCAAAAUCUGAAGAAAUUCUUAUCAAAAUCAAAAUCAGUUCUGUUGAAACCCAAACUAAGGUGGUGAAUUCAUCUUCCUCAAAAUCUGAAGAACUUCUUAUCAAAAUCAAAAUCAGAAUGUCGACUGAGACUGCCAAAUGGUGUAAUAGUUUGGAAAAAAGCCUAUGUGAACUUUUGAUAGUUCAAAUACUUGGUGGUAAGAAGCCUAAAUCAUUUGUGAAAGAAGCUUGGAUUGAAGUAAAAUAUGAAUUCAACAAGAAAAAUGGACAGAAUUUUACUAUGGAUCAAAUUAAGAAUAGGUAUAAUUUGUUCAGGGUUAGACACAAUGACAUGAAGAAGCUCAUGUCCCUUAGUGGCUUUGAAUGGGAUUCGGAAGAUAAAAAGAUUAUAGUUGACGACGAAGGAGUGUGGGAUGCAUAUCUUGGGGAAUACCCGGAUAAAAAAAAGUAUAAGACAAAUGGUUGCCCUAUCUAUGAAGAGUUGUGUACCAUUUUUGGCGGUUCAACUGUAACUGGUUCUAAUGCGUAUGCUUCGGCUCAGAGCAUAGAUGAUGAUACUCCAGCUAAGUCCUCGAGGAAGGGGUCGUCCGUUGUUGGGGUGGAAGAAAGAGCUACAAGUACUGCUGGUAUGAGUGAAGCUUUGUUUGCUAUUGCGGAUGCCACAAAAGCUAAACAUGUUAUUGAUUUGGAUAAGGAUCCUUUUUCAAUUCCAAAUUGUACAAAGUAUUUUCAAUCUCUUGAUGGCGUGAGUGUUCGAAGUUUAAUGGGGGCGUUAGAGAAGUUUCAAGAUGCUGUAUGGAGACAAGUUUUUAUGUCACUAGAUCCUAAUAAUCAGAAGGAAUGGCUGAAGAGUCUCGGGUCUUAG